AACAAGUGUCUGGCUCUCUUAGACUUUUGUAAGUAGUGUUGCAACGAGCACAAAGUGCCAUUCAUAGUCCAGAUACUUGAUACACUUGGCAAGUCAAAAGCUUUACUCUUAAUUUCCUUUGAGUGUGAAUGGCUUUGCUGAAGCAUCAUCAGUAACGGCAGCAAACCUUUCUCUUGAAAUUGUUACAACUUUAGUAGACAUUGCUGGACUGCAGACACACAGACAUGGGCUGUUGUGGUCAUUCUUAGGUACUUUUUAAUCCCUUUCGUGCUGUCCCUCAAAGGCCACCUGCUCAUGUUUCAUUCAUUUUCUUGUCCACACACAGCCCAGAAUCCCAUCAGAAUAUCUGGUUUCAUCUUAAAAACAGUGUUCAUUGUUUCCUGCAAAGAUAUUUAACACUGAAAUAAAACGAUAUGUCUGUUGUAAAGCCAUGGUCCUGGAUUACUUCUCACUUAUCAGAUGCAUUUUUAUUAAGGAACGUGAUUAAGUGGGCUGGCUGGGGUCUUGCUGCUGCCCUAGCUGGUGGGAUGGACUACAGAGCCACUCUGGAUCUCCCACACUGUUCCUUGCACACCUGAGCAGGAAUUGCACUGACGCAGAGAUGGUUUUUCUGACGACUAAAAUGAUGCAAAGAACGGCGGUCUUUGUGACAUGUGGGGGUCUGGUCACGUCACUGAUCACUACUUUCCUCCCACUGUGGAAGACGAUGAACUCCGAGCUGAAUGAAAUGGAGAACUGGUACUCUGGCCUGUGGCACACCUGCCUGUACACUGAGGAGGUCGGGGUGCAGUGUAAAGCCUACGAGUCUGUUCUGGCGUUGCCUUUGGACCUGCAGGUCUCCAGGGUGCUGAUGUUGGUGUCUGUCAGUGCCGGUGCGUUAGCCGUGCUGGCUGCCUUCCUCGGAAUGGAAGGGGUUGAACUGUGCUUGAAGCAUCCCAAGCUGAAGAGAGGACUCCUUAUUUUCAGCGGAGUGCUGUCUUGGGUGUCAGGACUCACCACGUUGGCCCCCGUCUCUUUUGUGGCUUACACUACUGUGGUGGAAUUCUGGGAUGAGGGAUUUCCUGAUGUGAUGCCACGCUGGGAGUAUGGAGAGGCAAUGUUCUCAGGAUGGUUUGGAGGAUUAGCACUGGUUGUUGGUGGGACCCUCUUCUUUAUAGCUGUAUGCAUGGGGCACUAUGACCAGGGAGCACUGAGCAUACCAAACACCCCACAGGUGAAGCACAGGAUGCAGCAGUACCUUAAGACAGAGGUUUGAUAACUUCCUCUUUGCCAAAUGUGCACCUAAAAAUUCAC